AGCUCCAUGCGAGCUGGUGUCCGAGUCGAGCUCGAGCACGAACAUGCCCAGCGGCGGGCCACUGUCCGCGGGUCUCUCGGCGCGACCGGUCAUCGUUUGGAACGGCGCUCAGUAUACGGCGAGCAGCAGGGAAUUGGAGCUGGAGCUGCUGCGACGUGAUUACGGCUUGGAUGAGCGCAUGCUGGAGGCGACGCUGGUGCCGCGCUACAAACGCCACAAGCCGCAGGCGAGCGCCAAAAACGCGCACGUGCGUCAUACGCGUGCACCGUACAGCACGGCUGCAGCUGCCUCAGAUUGGAUACUGCGGCAGGGCCAUAGCAGCGUCUCCCAAAUUAACUUUCAUCCCUGGACGGAGCUGGGCGAACGCAAAUUCUCGCACUUCGAUUUGGUGCCGUGGCGGCGCACGCGCAGCGCCUUGGACUUGAGCUCGGUGGCGGAUUACAGUGGGCGUGGCAGCGAGACGCUGCACGUGGCAGAGAAGACGCUGCGCGGCCUCGAGAAGCUCGAGCUGCGCCACAAUCGCCGUCGCCUGCAGCGAGCCCGCUCCACGCAGCAGGGUCUGCGGCGCCAGGUGCGGGUGCGUCUCAUAUUCUCCAUUGAGCUGCGUCACAAGCGCAUGGAGCUGCUGCGGCAGACGGCGCUGCCGAUGCGCGUCUUCGAGCAGCGGUUCGCGAUCAGCGAGAACGAAAGCGCCGCCUACGAGCGCAUCCUGCUGGACGCCAACGCGGGCGUCGAACAGCACGUCGGCUACUUCAGCAGGCGCUCGAACUCCCAGCCAGAUGCUGUCCCGCAGGACGACGAGCAGCAGCAGCUGGUGGUUGACUUCGCCAGCGAAACUGAGGCCGAAGACCCAGAGGCUGAGACGCAAUACGCAACCAUAGCGAAUGCACCGCAGGCCAAGCCACAGGAGCAGCCGCAGUCGAGCGAAAAGAAGCCAGCGGAUCAGAGCAAAGUAUCCUUCGUCACAGUCGAGGAAACAGCCAAAGCGCAGCCAGCUGCAAAAGUGCCAUGUGUCAAGUGUCGCGAUAUUGCCAUCAAAUUGAGAACUAUCAAUGACUAUGCGCUCAACCCGAAUCAGCACUUGAAGCACACGAACAACGGCCACAACUACAACGUUAAGCUAAAUAAGCUGCACAGCAGCAGCAGCAAUAUUAGUCACAGCACCAACAACAGCAACAACAUCAACAACAACAAUAUUAAGAGCAAAAGCAAUCACAAUCUGAGCAGAAUGCAUGCCCAUCAGCUGGACUCGUACUUGGCGGGCAUGCCCAUCGGCCUGAACAUGUCCGGGCCAAUGCAUCCGGGUUCGAUUUCUGGCAACGAAAGACCCAACGGAGGCGCACUGGCACUGCAUUAUGCGGCGGCAAGGGGCUGCCUGGACUGCGUCCAGCUGCUGGUAGCCGCAUCUGUAGACAUUUGCGCCAAUACGCAAAUGGACAAUGAUGUCACGCCCGUUUAUCUGGCCGCCCAGGAGGGGCAUCUGGAGGUGCUCAAGUUUCUGGUGCUUGAAGCUGGCGGCUCGCUCUAUGUGCGCGCACGCGACGGAAUGGCACCGAUCCAUGCCGCUUCACAAAUGGGCUGCUUGGAUUGCCUCAAAUGGAUGGUCCAGGAUCAGGGCGUGGAUCCGAAUUUGCGCGAUGGUGACGGUGCCACGCCACUGCAUUUUGCCGCCUCGCGUGGCCAUCUGUCGGUGGUGCGGUGGCUGCUCAACCACGGCGCCAAAUUGUCACUGGACAAAUAUGGCAAAUCGCCGAUCAACGAUGCGGCCGAGAAUCAGCAGGUGGAGUGUCUCAACGUGCUCGUGCAGCACGGCACCACCGUCGACUACAACAACAAGAACAACACACAGCGCCACAAGUCGCAGCACCAACAUCAGCAUCAGCAACAGCAACAACAGCAGCAACAAUUGCAGCACAUGAGCAGCAGCUGCAACUCGAACACGAAUUCGAGCAAGCAGACGAGCCGCAGCAACACAAUCAAGUCAAAGUCCUCAUCCACGCUCAGCUCCGAUGUGGAGCCAUUCUACUUGCAUCCGCCAGCUGUGACGGCAGCAGCUGCCGCAGCGGGCGUCGGCCUGGGCGUCGGCAUCACGCGCAAGAACAGCGACGCCCUGUACUCGCAGCAGUCGCGCAGCUCCUCGGAGAAGCUCUACGGCUGCAAUGGGGCAGCGGGCGGGGCUGGUGGUGCUGGCGGCAGCUCGAGCGCCGGCGGCGCACUGCUGCCCAACGAUGGGCUCUAUGUGAACCCGAUGCGCAAUGGGGGCAUGUAUGCCACGCCCUCGCCGAACGGCAGCAUCUCGGGCGAGUCGUUCUUCCUGCACGAUCCGCAGGAGAUCAUCUACAAUCGGGUGCGCGAUCUGUUCGUCGACUCGGACUGCAGCAGCGUGAAGCAGCACCAGAUGCCGCAUCCAUUGCACUCGCUGCAAUCGAAGGCCGGCAAUGCGAUCAUGACCAUCCAGGCCGAUGUCCACUCCAGUUCGAGUGGCGCCGGCAGCGGCUCCGACGAGUCCGUCUCCAUCGCGUCCAGCUUCAACUCGCCAAAGAGCAGCAGUCAUCAUCACAGUCACAAUCAUCUCCAGCAUCAGCAGCAGCAGCAGCAGCAGCAUCAGUUGCGCAGCCAGAGCUUCAAUAGGCAUGGCAGCAGCGGCAACAUCAGCACUAGCAGCAAUCUAAAGAACAACAACAACAACAAUAAUAACAGCAGCAGCAACAGCGGCAAUAACAACAGCAACUACAAGCAGCACAAGAGCAGCAGCAGCAACAUCAGCACCAAUGGCAAUCAGAAUGGCGAUCACGACUACGAGGAUAUAUAUUUGGUGCGCGAGGAGUCACGCAAGCAACAUCAGCACCAGCAUCAGCUGCAGCAGCAGCAGCAACAGCAACAGCAGCAACAACAGCAGCAACAGCAGCAACAACAGCAGCAACAGCUGCAGCACAAAUACAGCGUGGGCAGAUCGCGUUCCCGUGACAGUGGCUCCCAUUCGCGUUCGGCCAGCGCCAGCUCCACGCGCAGCACCGAUGUUGUGCUGCAGUACAGCAAUCAUCACUUGAACAACAAGCGCAGCAAUUACAACAACAGCAGCAACAACAAUAAUAAUAACAGCAACAACAACAACACUAGCAACAGCAACAACAACAACGGCAACAUGAGCGUAUUGAAUCGCAACAAGUCGCAUUCGAUGAUUGGUCUGCACAGCAGUAAAUACGAUUCGAGCCUGAAGGAUAGCUACAGCGCCAAGAACGUGAAUCUGAAUCUGAAGAAUCAGCUGCUCAAUGGCGGCAUCAAGAGCGACACCUACGAGAGUGUCUGCCCGCCCGAGGAUGUGGCCGAGCGCACCAAGCAGACGCACAAGAACUCCAUGAUACGCAACAAUCUGGCGGACGCUGGCCUGCUCAGCAGCAAUCCCAAUAUCUCAAUGCACAGCAACAAUCACAGUCACAACAACAACAACAACAAUAACAGCAGCAGCAGCAAUAGCAACAUCAACAUGAUCAGCAACACCAACAGCGGCAGCACCAACAGCAUCAAUCAAAAUGGCGCCAACAACGGCAACAGCAACAUGAAUAGAAACUUGAAACGUGUCUCCUCGGCGCCGCCCAUGCAGAAUCUGGCCGUGGUCAAUGGACCACCGCCGCCGCCUUUGCCGCCUCCACUGCGUGCGCCUGUGCAACGGAACAACUUGAAUGCGGAGCACUCUGGCAAUAACCACAACAACAAUUCGAACAACAAUUCGAACAACAGCUCCAACAACAAUUCAAACAACAACAUCUAUAAGAAGAAUCACUUUGGCCUCGCAUCGCCAGCGGCAAAUGCUCAAACCACGCCCACAAAUGCCGCCUCAAGUGGUGCACAUGAAGCCGUCGACUCGGACUCGGGCCUGGAGGUUGUCGAGGAGCCCAGCCUGCGUCCCUCGGAGCUGGUGCGUGGCAAUCACAAUCGCACCAUGUCCACCAUAUCCGCGAACAAGAAAGCCAAGCUCCUCAAUGGCAACGGCAACAGCAACGGCAGCAGCAACGGUACCAUUGGCGCCUCUGCUGGCGCAACAACAGCAGCAGCUGUUGCCGCCGCCGCCGCCGCCGCUGCUGGCAAUGGUGAGCCGCACUACCAGCAGGCCUCGAAUGGCAGCAUCUAUGGCUACGCGGAGGGCCCUGGCGGCAAGCAGCGCAGCGGCGCCAGCAGCAGCAGCAGCUACCAGCCCUCGCACUAUCACCAGCAGCAACACCAGCAGCAGCAACACCAGCAGCAGCAACAGCAGCAACAGCAGCAACAGCAGCAGCAAUCCAUUUAUUCGCCCAGCAUCUAUGGCGUGGGUUCAUCUGCAGAGGAUCACUAUGAGCUGCAGCAGUCGCAGUAUGGCGGCAGCUACAAUGGCGAGGGCGCUGCCGUGCGUUCAGGUGGCCCCAAUUUGGUCAACAAGCAGCUGGUGCUGCCGUUUGUGCCGCCCAGUUUUCCCAACAAAUCACAAGACGGCGUCACGCAUCUCAUCAAGCCGUCCGAGUAUCUGAAGAGCAUCAGCGAUAAGCGUUCGUGUCCAUCCUCGGCCCGCUCCACGGAUACGGAGGACUACAUGCAAAUCCAGAUCGCCCAGCAGCAGCAUCAGCAGCAUCAUCACCAUCACCAGCAUCCGCACCAGCACCAGCAUCAGCAUCAUUCGCAUGCCCUGGGCGUUGGUGAGCAGCCGCCGUUGCCACCGCCGCCGCCACCAUUGCCGCACAUGAUGCCGCCGCCCAUGCCGAUGCUGCUCUCGCCGCUGGCUGGCGAUGCCACCAGCAAGUCACAGAAGCCCAAGAAGCCGCACGGCUCGACGCCGCCCAGCAGCCAGGAUACGGCCACGCGCAAGCAGCACCAGCCGCUGUCCGCCAUUUCCAUACAGGAUCUGAACAGCGUACAGUUGCGCCGCACGGAUACGCAGAAGGUGCCGAAACCGUAUCAGAUGCCCGCACGGAGUCUCAGUAUGCAGUGCUUGACUACCAGUACGGAUACAUACUUGAAAACCGAUCUGAUCGCUGAGCUGAAGAUCUCCAAAGAUAUACCCGGCAUCAAGAAGAUGAAGGUGGAGCAGCAGAUGGCCAAUCGCAUCGACUCGGAGCAUUAUAUGGAGAUAACCAAGCAGUUCACUGCCAACAACUAUGUGGACCAGAUACCAGAAAAGGAUCAGGCUGGCAACGUCAUACCCGACUGGAAGCGCCAGAUGAUGGCCAAGAAGGCGGCCGAGCGCGCCAAGAAGGACUUCGAGGACCGCAUGGCCCAGGAGGCCGAAUCGCGCCGCCUCUCACAGAUACCGCAAUGGAAACGCGAUCUGCUGGCGCGUCGUGAAGAAACUGAAAACAAAUUGAAAGCGGCCAUCUACACGCCCAAGGUGGAGGAGAAUAACCGUGUCGCGGACACCUGGCGCCUCAAGAACCGCGCCAUGUCCAUCGACAACAUCAAUCUGGCCAGCUGCAAUGUGGAGCACUACUACCAGCAGGUGCAGGUAAUGCCGACGCCAGCUAGUGCCCAGUUCAACAAGGAGAAUCAUAGCGAUGGCGCCACUGCAGGCAAAGCCAACGAUUCUGAGCAACAGCAGCAACAACAGCAGCAACAACAACAACAGCAACAACAACAGCAACAACAGCAGAUGAAGCAGGAUGCACUUGAUCAAAACGAUGACGAUCAGGACGACAGCGACAACAUCAUUCCAUGGCGGGCACAGUUGCGCAAGACCAACAGUCGCCUGAGCUUGAUCUAAGCUGCAGCCGAAUACGCGUUUAAGUCUCUUGUAGUGCAUUUUUUUUUUCAAAUCAUCCAAUUUUUUUUUUUUUUUUUUUUACUCGAACAUGAAAAUACUUAACUUAACGAACGUGCAAUCACACAUGCUAAGGGAUAUAUACAUAUUUAAUGGAUAUAUAUAUCAUAAUUAUAAGAAAUCUAUAUUUGUAAUCUGGUGAAGAGAUCGAUGGGCUCGAGAGGAGUGCUGUGCGAUUCUUUAAACCUGCUCCAAAUCCAAGGCAAGCUUUAGAUCAAAACAAAAUUGAGAAAAAUCAUUAAAAAAAAAAAAAAAGAAGUGAAGAGAAGAAAAGAAACAUAUAUACAUGAUUAUGGCAUUGUAUAUGUACUAUAUAGAAAUGAUUAAUAUACGUAUACAACUUU